AUGCCGGAUCAGACGGACUCGAGCUGGCCGUUUCACUUCAAGACAUUCGAGAAACAAGUCCUUCAGUCGAUGGGGGCGCGAAUCGGUGAUCCAAAUCCCUCCGGAUACGUGUGUAGCUACAGCGAAGCAAAUUGCUACUGCAUCCGAACCCUACAACAGCAACUAAGACGGACGCAUCCCGCUCAAAGACCAAUAGUGGUUUACGACCACUUUGACCCCGACUUGAUUCACCUCUUUGAGACGCUGUUCGGCUUAGAAACAUACCAAGUCUCGCUGGCAUACUCGCUGCAAGACCUCGAGCAAGAACUAGUCACCGUCACUUCCAACCGCGCUCGUCCCAUCAUCUUCGCGGCAUCCAUCGGCAACUCUGCCACCGAAUACGAUGAUAUAGGCGUGAUCUCAGAGCUUUCAAGAGAAUUUCCCGUCAGCUUGCACGUCAAUGCUUUCCGCAGCUUUGACUAUGCGGCAACCAUGUCGGAAACCGUCAGGCGGCACGAGGGCGCUCACAGGUUCGCGCUACGGUCCAAGCACCCGGUUCAACCCCUGACAGCACCUGACGGGUGCGUCAUCGCUAGCAGUGUUGUUGGAGGUGGUCUGAUUCAAUCGCCCCAUGCGCCGGCAGCUGCAUUGACACCGAUGUCGUAUCGUGUCAACGGCGAGCGAGUGGCCUACAUCCGGUCGUUCGAUUCAACCUUGGGGGGCUCUAGGGAUGCAAUGUCACCGCUGUGGCUGGCGCUCUAUCAGCUGAGACUGGGCGACCUCGGUGUACGCCAAUUGUGCGAUAGUCUCAGGGACAUCAGGUCCAGCAUAUUGAGGGUUUUGCAGUCCCAGGGGAUGGACGCUCACACCUCCCCCUACUGUCUUGAUAUAGUUGUCACGUCCUUCUCUAUAGCCCAGAAGCACCGUCUUCUAAAGCUCGGAGGGUCCAUGGCAAGAACAGGAGCCAUAGUUUUGGUUGUUCAAACCCAACUGCUCGCGGCUGAAAUCUUUGCUCUUGUCCCCGCGUCCGCGACCGGCUUCUGUUGGGAUGACCCCCUAUUCAUGUACAGAGCCUUCUUAGAUCACUAUCCGAUACCUCCAGACGCGAUAGAGGAAUUGAAAACAACAAUUCAGUCUUGGAGAUGCAUCACCCGUUCAGCUAUUGGGUAUCCCGUACAUAUGGGCUCACUCUCGGCCCUCGGGUCAAUCAUCGGGCGGUUUUGGGAGCUUGAUAUUCCCCCGCACUGGCUUGACAGUACCUCAAAGCAGCUUCUAGCUGCUCGUUUCGAAGCCUUCGGAGUCCCCAGUUGGGAGCAGCAGCGUACCUAUAAAGGGGGGUUCACAAACGGUAGCACCAUGGGGAAUCGAAGCGGAAUCCACACCGCCUUCCAACAAUACCCCGACGCCUUCCUAUAUGUAUCUAAUCAGGCACACUAUAGUGUAAUGAAGGCGCUUCGAGAUUGUGAUACCAUUUCCAAUAUCUGGUCCGGGGAGAAGCCUCAUUACUCACAGAUAUCUUCCAACAGUGAUGGAAGUAUUUGUGUCGAUGCCCUUGUGGCGCAAGCUUUGACUGACCAGAGAUAUUGCUUUGAGAAGGGAAGAGAAUAUCACAUGAUUCUUUUUGCCAAUAUCGGUACCACGUUUCUGGGGGCUCGGGACGAUCUCGGGGAGAUUGCCAGCACUCUAAAGAAGUUUGGAAUCACGAUAUCACAUAUCCAUGCCGACGGAGCCCUUGACUUUGGAUAUAACAACUGUGGUAUAUCGCUAGGACCCCCUGGAACUAUUGGCCUCAAUGGCAUGCCCAAUGUUCAGGGCAUUACCGUCAGCCAUCACAAAGCUCUGGGGCAAAGUGUUUCCGGUGAGGUGCUUUGCUUCAGCCCCAACAAAACGAUUGCAGGACUAGCCUCCAGUGUCAAUCCUAGAAUCAUAUUUGAGACUUGGCUAUAUAGUCAGGUAUAUCAACCAAAGGACAGAGCAUUCUUGCUCAACUCCUGCCAGGCGAAUGCCUCCCGAUUAGAAGCCAGUCUCAAGCGACUUGGAUUGAUUACCAAGCGAUAUCCCGACAGUUUGGUCGUUACAUUUGAAAGACCACCAUCUUGGAUCAUUGAGGAAUUUUCUCUCCGACCAGAAGGGGACUGGGUUCAUGUUAUCACCAUGCCUCACGUCUCCGCAGAGACCAUUGAAGUCUUCCUGGACCGCAUGGAGAGUGUGACCAAGGCGUGCUCAGCUGCCUUUAGUAGCAUCACGCCUAUCCUCAUUGACACCAUUGAGCAAGACAUUCAGCUACGACGCGUGCAGUCACAAGGCAUCUUGGCUGAGCAAGUCGCAAACUUGGCAAACUCUGCAUCACCACUAUACUCGGCCUCCAAUGCAGAUUUGAGAGGAAUUCUCGGCCCGAGUGUUCGCAGUGCAAUAUCAGUCGCGGCCGUCGACGAAGAAGGUAAGAUCCAGGUUGUCUUUUUAGCGGCAGCGAAUCGCGAUGAAUCCAUUUUGAUAAACCCCCUCCUGAUCAGAAGCACUCUUGCUUCGAGUAUCAAGGAUAUUUGCGAUAUCAGAACGCAACUUAUGAGUUUGAUGAUGAGAUAUUUGAAAGUAGAGAUGAGAAUUGAUACCAUGAGUCACGACAUUUACACCUUUGAUAGCGAUUAG